UUGGCCCUCAACUGCAAUUUUUUAUUUUUUUACAGUAAGUCACUGAGUGAUGAAGAAAACCUGAAACUCUUUGGGAAAUGCAACAAUCCAAACGGACAUGGACACAACUAUAAAGUUGUAGUGACUGUGCGUGGAGAGAUUGAUCCUACGUCAGGAAUGGUUAUAAACCUGACGGCCCUGAAAGAAUAUAUGCAGGAAGCCAUCAUGGAGCCACUUGACCACAAGAAUCUGGAUAAAGACGUGGCUUACUUUGCUGAUGUUGUCAGUACGACUGAGAAUGUGGCAGUGUACAUCUGGGAAAACCUCCAGAAGCGCCUGCCUGUGGGGACUCUUUAUAAAGUCAAAGUGUAUGAAACGGACCAGAACAUCGUUGUGUACAAGGGGGAAGAGACGACUCUUGAGAAAUGAAAUUCAGCUCAGCUGGUCACAGUCUUCUGAGGAAUUAAUCGAACCAGUAUAUCAAUGGAGUAUACCAUGGUGUAUCUAUGACAUGUAGACAGUGAUUUUGUAGAGUGGUUUUGUUUUUUAAUAUAAGGUCAUUUUUAGGUAAUUAAAGACAAUUAUUGUGGCAAGCUAA